CCCGACCCCCGGUGGUGACGCUGCCUCGGCCUCGCCCCUCCCUCCGGGCGGAGCUCGUGCUGCAGAGAAACAUCCUCAGCAGCAUCCAGGACCGGCAUCAGAGGGUCCAGGACCAGAACCGAGACCCGUAGCACCGACCAGCAGGAUGUUUGGAGGCCCAUCGAUGCAGAUCCAGAAGGCCCGGGACCGAGUUGGCGGUCUGGGCUCGGUCCAGCAGGCCAUCCGGUCCAUGAACCAGGAUUUCCAGGCCCUGAAGGAGGAGUGUCUGCAGAACAGGUCCCUGUUUGAGGAUCCUAUGUUCCCCGCAGAACCGUCCUCUCUGGGCUUCAAAGAACUCGGACCUUUUACCGCCAAAACCAAAGGGGUGGAGUGGAAGAGACCCACGGAGAUGACAGCGGACCCUCAGUUCAUUGUGGGCGGAGCCACCAGGACCGACAUCUGUCAGGGAGCUCUGGGUGACUGCUGGCUCCUGGCUGCAAUUGGUUCUCUGACUCUGAACGAACACCUGCUCCAUCGUGUGGUUCCCCAUGGUCAGAACUUCACCUACCAGUACGCCGGCAUCUUCCACUUCCAGUUCUGGCAGUUUGGUGAGUGGGUGGACGUGGUGAUCGACGACCGGCUGCCGGUUAAAGACGGAGAGCUGAUGUUCGUCCACUCGGCUGAAGGCUCAGAGUUCUGGAGCGCCCUGCUGGAGAAGGCCUACGCCAAGCUGAAUGGCUCCUAUGAAUCUCUGUCUGGAGGCUCCACCACCGAGGCGUUCGAGGACUUCACCGGCGGUGUGUCGGAGAUGUACGAGCUGAAGAAGGCUCCCAGAGACCUCCACCGGAUCAUCCUGAAGGCUCUGCAGAGAGGAUCGCUGCUGGGAUGCUCCAUUGACAUCAGCAGUGCCUUCGACAUGGAGGCGGUGACCUUUAAGAAGCUGGUGAAAGGACACGCCUACUCAGUGACAGGCCUCAAACAGGUGGACUACCGCGGCCAAGCGCAGCGUCUGAUCCGGAUCAGGAACCCGUGGGGCCAGGUGGAGUGGACCGGUGCCUGGAGUGACAACUCCUCAGAGUGGAACGCCGUGGACUCCGCAGAGAAGGACGAGAUGCUGUGUAAGAUGGAGGACGGAGAGUUCUGGAUGUCCUUUGAGGAGUUUCUGCGUCAGUUCUCGCGGCUGGAGAUCUGUAACCUGACCCCAGACGCCCUGAGCCUGGACCACACCAGCUUCUGGACCACCACCAUGUUCGAGGGCAGCUGGAGACGGGGCAGCACGGCGGGGGGCUGCAGGAACCACCCCAACACCUUCUGGAUUAACCCCCAGUAUAAGAUCUGCCUGCUGGAGGAGGACGACGACCCCGAGGACGACGAGGCGUCAUGCAGCUUUCUGGUGGCUCUGAUGCAGAAGGACCGCCGGCGCUACCGUCGCCACGGACACGACAUGCACACCAUCGGAUUCGCCAUCUACGAGGUUCCUGCUGAGUUCCAUGGUUCUCCCAGUGUCCACCUGAAGAAGGACUUCUUCCUGCGCCACUCAUCCUGCGCUCGGUCUGAGACCUUCAUCAACCUGAGAGAGGUGAGCGCCAGGCUCCGCCUCCCACCAGGAGAGUACCUGAUCGUCCCGUCCACCUUCGAGCCCUCCAAGGAGGCCGACUUCGUCCUGAGGGUCUUUACCGAGAAGCAGUCGGAGACCGAGGAGAUGGAUGACUGCGUGGUGGCCAACCUGGACCAAGACGAGGACAUCUCAGAGAGCGACAUCGAUGACUCAUUCAGGUCCAUGUUCUCCCAGCUGUCUGGAGAUGACAUGGAGAUCUCAGUGAGAGAGCUGAGGACCAUCCUCAACAGAGUCGUCUCCAAACACAGAGACCUUCAGACGGAUGGUUUCAGUAUGGAGUCCUGUAGAACCAUGGUCAGCCUCAUGGACAAAGACGGCAGCGCUCGACUCGGUCUGCUGGAGUUCCAGAUCCUCUGGAACAAGAUCAGGAAGUGGCUGGGAAUCUUCCGGGAGUUUGAUCUGGAUAAAUCCGGCUGCAUGAACUCCUACGAGAUGCGGCUGGCGUUGGAAAACGGCGGCUUCAAGCUGAACAACAAACUGUACCAGAUGCUGGUGGCCCGAUACGCUGACAACGAGAUCAUCGACUUCGACAACUUCACCUGCUGCCUGGUCAAGCUGGAGGCCAUGUUCAAGGCCUUCCAGGAGCUGGACAAAGACGUGACGGGAUCAGUGGAGAUGAACAUCGGAGAGUGGCUCUGUAUGACGAUGUGUGGUUGAACCAGUGAAGCUUCAAAGAUCGUCAACAGAAGAACCGACGACCGACCUGCUGUUCCUCCUGCUGCAGUACUACUACCAUAGUACUACUACCAUAGUAUUACUACAAUAGUACUACAGUACUAGUACUACAAUACUACCAUAGUACUAAUAUAGUACUGCAGUAUUACUGUACUUCAGUCUUCCAGCCUCUCUGCUCCAGAACUGUAACCAUAGUAAUCCUGUAUAAUCCUACGUUCUACUGAGUGCUUCCUCACAUUUACUGCAUGUUCCAGAAGUACUGCUCUGUACAAGUACUCACAUAUAACCCACAUAGUAUUGAUAGAACCACUGAUAGAACCUUCUGGAGCUGAACUCACCCCUGUGGUUGUCUUCAGAUCAACUUUAUUGGUUCUAUUGAUUACUGAUUCUAUUAAUUAUUGAUUCUAUUGAUUAUUGACUGUUGUUUGGCAAAAGUCAAGCUGUUCUGGUUCUACGUCCAACCCGCUGAGGUCCACUUAGUCCUUUACUUUAGAAGAACCUCAAUCUGACCCCUGACUCCAUGUUUGUUUGUUUGUUUGUUUGUUUGUUUGCAGUGGGAGUCAAUAUAAAGUGAGAUUGUUUCUGUGGUUGAAGGUUUUUAACUUUCAACCGAUGGACGGAAACAUUUUAGACCAGAUCACAUGGUUCUGGUUCUGGUCUCCUUUUUAUUUCUUUCCAACCAUUUUCGCUGAUUAUUUAGAACUCAGGCUGUUUUUAUUAAACAUCACUGAUUAGUCGAUUGACAAACAGCUGAUCGAUUGAUCUUAAUAAUCUAUUACUAUUGACUGUAUCUGAGUAAUCUAUUACUACUGAUAGUAUCUGAGUACUGAAGCUGCUGAUUGAAGAUGUUUGAGCUCAUUAAAGGAAAAAACUGA